AUGACCUAUGAUGUAACCUACUCGCUGGUUUGUCGUCUCCCUUGCCGUUUGCCGCCUUGCCGUCACUCCCAAAAAGCCUCCUUCAUCCCACCUUGUCGGUGGACUGAGGCUGCGGACGCCGCCGUCAAGGCGGCCAGGCAGAAGGCGGAAAAUGUGCAUGACAACUUGGAUCAUAGUGAUAAUAAUGGUGAUCCAAAGACUCCGAUUGGUCAAGGAGUUAAGCAGAUUAAGGAUGCCAAGGAUAAAGUUAAGCAAGUUGAUGACGCGCUUCAAGCUGUUCACACCGAUUUAGGUAACUGGAAAUCUGCGGCAAACAGUGUCCUUUCCACAGCGGUUGAAAAGGCAGAAGAGGUGCGUGGCAAGUUGAACCCAGAUGGUAAGGAUCCUAUUGGUCACAACAUUGAGAAGAUUCACACAUCCAACGAGGCGAUUAAAGAAGCAAAUGAGGACCUUAAAAGCCAUGUCGACAGCCUUAGUAAUUGGAUCUCCACCGCGGAGGAGAUCCGCCAAAAGGCCCAGCAGAAAGCGGAAGAGGCUUAUAGUAAGCUGAACGUUCACGCCGAAUUGAGUAGGAAUGUUCAGAAGAUUGUGGAAGCUAAUCAGAAUAUUAAAGAUGUUAAUACUGCGCUGGGAAAGGUUCAUGGAAACUUGGGAGCGUGGAAGCAGGAGGCUGGGAAAGUGCUUGAAGGGGCGGUGAAAAAUGCCAAGGAUGUUCAUGAUAAAUUGCAAAGUGAAGUUGACACUAAAAUUACAGGAAUUGAAAGAGAUAAUCAACAGAUUAAAGACGCAAAUGAUAGUCUUGGAAAGGAAGUUUCCAACUUAGUCAACUGGCGCUCCGCCGCCCAGGGUGUCAUUACCAAGGCGGAGCAGAAGUGUGAUGAGAUACUUAAGAAAGUUAAGACAGAAAAUGAUCCUGAUGCCAAGAUUUUUAAGGAAGCUGAGAAGUUACACAAAGAUGGUAAAAGACUUUUGGAUGCUGCGACUAUGGCUAAAAACAAAGUUGGCGAAUUGGUCGGUGACGCACUGAAGGCUGUUGUGGCCAUGGACAAAUCUCUUAAGGUGGAUUUGCAUAAGGUGAGGGAGGAUAUUAAGAAAGGCAUAACGGAGGUGAUUACGACUUUGGAAGUUAAGGAAUUGGAUGAUAAAGUGAAGAAUGAUUUGAAGACUCUGAGGGAGAAGAUUGUGGAGCUUGCAGAGGAGGUUAAUAAACCGAACGGUGAGAGCCUUGUUAUAGCGCAGUUGGAAGCACUUAAAGAGCCGUAUGAGAAGCUGAAUAACCUUGCUGAUAAGAGUAAGAAUAACUCAAUCGUUUCGCUGACUAAUGGCCUUGACAAUAAGUUUAAUACGCAUAUCAAGAAUGAGCUUAGCGAUAAAGUCCAAGCAGUUUACAAGGCGAUUGGGACGCUUGGCGGGACGUUUAAAGAUACUGGUGAUCUGAAGACUUUUGAUAAGAUUUUCGAGCAUAUUAAAGGACAGGUUGGGGAGAUUAAGGGGGAGGCAGGAAUGUUUGCUCCAAAUGGUCAAUGGAAUCCCCCGGGCUCAGGCCUGGAUGGUAUUAAGAGUAAGGUGGGAAAUUAUUUCAAUGCGUUCAGCGGCGAGUGGCCGUUCAAGAAUAUAGUGAAGGGCUGGAUUGAGAAGACUAUUUUGCCGCAUAACGGUUUGGUGAAGGAUAAGUUUGCGGUGCCUUUAAAUGGGAAACUAGAAAACAUUAACCAGAACAUCGCAGGUGAAAUUAAGAAACAGCUUGAGACGGAAGCCAAUGCAGCCGGUGAAGUGGUUCAACGAAUAAAAAAUGGCGCUGCAGGAGAAAUGGCAAAACGCAUCCAAGCUGUGAAGAAUGGUUGCGAGAAUUUUGCCAACGCGCUUGAUAACAAGCUGAAGGAACCGGACAGUGCUACUUCUGGCAUAGUCUCUAAGGUUAAGGGGCUGUUGACAUACAUACAACGCGACGCAAAAUGCAUAUGCUAUUGCAGUCACUGCAGCGGCGAUGAAUGUACGAAAAACUCCCUCACUGCUGUCAUCUUGGGAUCACUCUCUGCGGUGUCCCGCCAGGUGGGCAACGAACUCAAUUCAGUGUUUCUCAACAUACCUGAUGAAACCAUAGGCAGCAGCCCCAGCCCCGGAAGCAUCGCAUCCAUCCUGGACACUAUCACGCCGGUUGUUGAUGGACUUAACCAGCAGCUUGAAAAGGCGACUCAGCUACCCGGCAACUCCCCUCCCGGCACCUCCGGCCAACCCGAAAGCCCUGCCCAAGCCGUGGACAGUAAGUUGAAGGCGGUGAGGGAAUUCGUGAAUGAAGAUAAGCUUACUCAAAACUUUAAAGAUAACGUCAUAAAAGAACUUAAAACUCAGGUUGACAAUCUUCCCACCGCCGUUAAAGAGUUCGACGAGAAAGCUCAAGCACAGAUCAAGGCUGCGGCCAAGACGGCGAUUACAGCGGCGGCUGAGCAGAUUAGCGAUGCCAGUGGUACAAUUGAGCUUGGCGGUGCAAAGGCGCUUAUGCAACAGUUCAAGGACACUUUCGAUCCGAUUCAAAAGAACCUCAAACGGCAACUUGAUGAACAAGUUGAAGAGCACAUUGGGAAGGAUGAUCCGACAAGUCCGGCAGGUGGUUCAGGUGGUACAAUAUCUAAAAUUGCUGGUAACAGGUUUCAGCAAUAUAGAACGCACGUAAAAAUAGAAGAUAAUAAGCCCGGCACAACUCUAACCGGUAAACCAGAUGCUGCUGAAGGCUCCCUUCCACUGGCGAUCGGGAAGAUCAAGACUCUGGGUCUGGCAGAGCUUGAAAAUACAUUAGGUGACAGCACCCUGGACAAAAAUAAGAUAGAUGACAAAACAUUCACCGUUCCGUUCGGCCAAAUUAAGAAUCAGGUUGAAGCGAUCAAGAAAUUGGUUGAUGAUGAAGGGAGUACAUUCCUAGGUGAACAAAACAGAGGUAUCAAGGAUUUCAUAAGUGAGUUGAGGAAUAUGGUUAACAAUAGUAAACCAUCUAUGUUCGCCAACCAACAAGGUCUUGAACAAAUUAAAAAGGUGAUUGACGGUCUGCAAAAAACUCCGUUCACUAACCAACCCGAAGCAAUUGAGAAAGCCGUCGGCCUAAUCAGGCAGGAGCUUAAGGCUCUUAGACAGAAGUUGAAGAAAGAGAAGAUGACUGAGAAAGAUGAUGUGAUAAAUGCUUUGAAUGACUUAAAAAGCUUUGGUCUUGGAGAUAGUGAUUGGACAUUAGGCAACACAAAAUGGAAAACUACGCACAAUUUAAAAAGCAUUGAGAUUGACCUUAGAAAUCAAAAUGCUAUUUUGCCUCAGCAAACAGAAAUAAUUGGCAAGGCUAUAAAAGAAAUUCGUGGACAACUUGCAUCAAUUGGAUACAGGUUGAAUGAUUAUGGAUCAUAUGAUGACGUCGUUGACCAGUUGCAAAGGUUGGCCAAUUACAUCGGUAAAGGCAAAAGCACAAAUGGAUACAGUCUCAAUCUUCAAGCAAUCCACGAUGAAAUUGCAAAGUUACAAUCCGGUGAUUUUACUUCCAAUCCACAAGCCAUAGGGGAAGCCAGCGAGGCAAUCAAGGAUGCACUCAAAGAGCAGAGGAGCACGCUGGACAGUGAUGUGAUCAAGGAGCUGACCAAUUUGAUGGGCAAGGGGAUGAGUAACGAGGCAAGUUGGCAGGGAACUAAGGGCCUUGAAAAUAUUAAAAAUAACCUUCACACCCAACAAACUACGCUGUCCUCUCAGCCCACUGACAUCCAGCAAGGCGUCAACAAAAUCACCAAGGAGCUUGACGAUCUGAGGAGUGAGUUGCAGGGUGAGGAAGGCGAAAAUGCAGAAAAAAGAGGCGUGAUCAAGAAUAUGGAUUUUGUGAUAGAGAAGAUUGGAACAAAUGAUGACGAUCCUAAUAGCCUCAGAAAAAUCAAGAAAGAGAUUGAAGAGCUCAACAGGGAUACAGUCCCUGACAUCAACAAAUUCCUUGGUGAACUGUGCGCCAAGAUUGCGAGCGAAGCCGGCAGUGUCGACUGGCAGUUGGGGCUUUUCAAAGAGAAUAACAUCGACAAAGUCCUCGGAAAAAUCAAGACACAAAUUGACACCCUCCGCACCGGUGACCUCCAGGCGGCCAUCGCCAUGUGCGACAAGUUCCUCACCAACGCCGAUUACAUAAAAUGGGAGAAAGUAGAAAACAUUGAACGCUUCGUAGACAGUGAGAUUGAAAAGGCAAUCGCGGAGCUCACCAAGGAGGCGCGGCGUGACUACGUGGAGUCCGCCAGGGACGCGCUGAAACACUUCGCCGCCAAGGUGGCCGAGGAGCUGGGGGAGCUGCCCGGCGAGAUAAACAGGGAUCUCUUCGUGGGCUUCAAGGGCUUCAUGAAAUACGUGUACGGACAUUUUGAUAACCUCGAAAGCGUGAUGGAAGAGAAGGAAAUUCAAGCAUUGUCCUCCGCGUUCCAGAAUUUCUUCGCGCCGCUCGACGAGUAUCUCCGUGAGGAGAUUGAGAGAGUGAAGAAGCAGAGUGACGACGAAAAGAAUCCCUCACUGCCGAAGUCGGAAGAGCCCUACGCCGCCGAGUGGGACGCCGUGCACAGCGAUGUCAACGCCCUGCUCAAUUACCUCUGCGUGACGCAGGGCUUCGACGACAGGCUGCGAGGCCUGCUCCACAACCUCACCGACGCGCUCACACAGCUGACUCCGCAGUCGUUCCAGAAGCCCUCCACUCCCACGCUGGACUCCGUGAGCAGGGGACUCAGUGCCUUCGCCGGUGAGUUCGGCGGUGCGUACGUCUCUCGCUACUCGGGCGCGGAGUGCCGGGAGGCGGACGCCGACAAGUACGCCAAGGUGUUGCUUAGCAUGAUCCCGAUGACGCACGAGGCGCUUAGCAACUUGGCAGAGAAAUGCGGCAACAACUGGCGAAGCUAUAAGAUAUGCAAGCUCACCGGCGACGACAGGGACAACGGCCUGGGCAACUACCUCACCAAAUGCGGCUUCAAGGUGUCACCCACCGACGGACUCCAGGUGGGGGAAUUGCAAAAUCGUUUUUCGGGCGGCGCAGUUCAUGAGCUACUUGCAUCCCCAGUUGCCGACGUGACCACCAAAAUGCUGGUCGGUGGCAAGCCUGCAGAAAAUGGAAUUAAUGUCGUAGACUUAGUUGCGCUUUUCUAUAACAUGCUUUGUCGCUACCUCCAGGUCUGCCACCUUAAAGUACACGAAUCGCCCAGGUACCCCUGCACGGUGAGGGACAUGUUGUCUUGGCUCUCAGGCCUGCAGUACACUCCGGUGGCGGACAAACUGCCUGACCACUGCAGGGCGUUGCUCAACCGCAAGUGCGACGAUAACGAUGCCCCCAACAGGGACGACGAUGUCAUGGCACAGUGUAUUAAUAGUCUGCCUUAUGUCAUAGCAUCAGCGUGUUCACACGCCGACUCGCUGCUCAUCGCAAUCCAGGGCCACGGCCGCGGCUUUGACCUCGCCGCCUACCCCUACUCCGUCGACUUCGCCAACAACACCGCACAGCUGUACUACCCGGCCGACCCCGACGAGCUGCUUGAUAUGCUGAGACAGAUAGUCUGCCGUCUGUGCCCCGUGCUGUAUUUCCUCUACGCCCAGUGCUGCCGUGCCACCGCCACAACCAAGGGCUGGCGGGAGUGCCACUACGGUCGGCAGGUGCCGUCCUCCCACUGGCAAUGUAACCCAUUAAACAAGCAGCCCGAUGACGCAACUCACAACUGCCCGCCCACCUCGCCGCUCCAGUCCUUCCUCACCGACAGCUGUCCCAGCCUCCUGCCGCAUAAGCUCAGUGUAGUUGACAAUGCCAUCGAAUGUGCCGACUGCCCUGCCAACCUACCAGGCCAGCAGUGCCUCACCCCGCUCGGCUUCUGGGACCUUGGACUCGCUGCCUCCAUGGCACGCUCCGGCAGGGAACUUGCGAAGUCACUCGGCCGUCUCUGCAGUGACGCCGACGCCUGCCUCUUCCAACUCUGCCGAACGCUGCGCUUGCUGUGCCCCUCAGCACCGCAGUCACUCGGCGACGUGUUCGCGCUGUUCAGUCAUCUGCUGAGAAUGUGGAACCACGAAUCGUCCCGGCGUGCGUACUCUCACCAUGAGAGUUACCAAACGCAUCUGAACGGUGAGGCCAUCGACAAGCUGUUCCCUCUGUGGACACAGCUCCACGGCAGUUACCAGAACAGCAAUCUCACCGACGCGCUCAAGGCACUCGCCGGGCACGACCAUGACAACUCAGGGCACAAUGCCCUCUCAAGCCUCUCCGCCGAGCCGCCUUGUCAAUCACCCAGUGGAUGCGCCCCCUUCCUCCAGCCGCUGGCGCUGCACGCCAACCACACCUUCCCGCAGAAGCACGCACAGCUAUAUAUCUCGUGGGUAGUGUGGCUGGCAUGGCAGUUAUGGGAUCUGCUGGAGUCCCUGCUAGAAGCCUUGUCCAACAUCGACUGCACGGCCCACGGCUGCGCCACGUGCCUCUGUCAGCCAGGCAACCACGGCGACAAGGACGCCUGCCACUGCCCGUCACUCGUCGAAUGUGGCGGACCUCUGCCGACACUCUACCGCUACGGAUUCACGUAUCGCAACGCCCACGCCCUGCUCGCCGGCAGCCAGAAGAUACGGUGCAGUGACCUCAACGACCAACUCACCAAGGCACUCCACUCCGACCACUUCACUCAACUGUUCCACCAGAUCGACCAACUCCUCUACACCAUCCGUAUGCCCUUCCUCUUCGCCAUCACAGCACUCUGGCUCAUCGCCACGCUCUACAUCCUCCACUCACUCCUCUACCGCAUGGACGUCCUCCGCAUACGAUCUCACCUCCUCACCACCAGGGCCUCCCACCAACGUCAAGGCGCUGCUCGCCGGCAGCAGGAGAAUGCUCUCACUCUACAAGGACGUCGACUACUUCGACGACGACUUUCACUCAUGACAUGGAUUGAGGCUGCGGACGCCGCCGUUCAGGCGGCUAAGGUGAAGGCGGAACAGGUACAUGGGAGGUUGGAUCAUAGUGAUAAUAAUGGUCAUCCAAAGACCCGAUUGGUCAAGGAGUUAAGCAGAUUAAUGAGGCUAAAGGAAAAUGAUUUAGCGGUUAAGAAGGCGACGGAAGUCCAUGGCAAGUUGGAUCCUGAUAAAAGUAAGUCGACGCUUGGUGGUAAAAUCGGAGAAAUUGAAGACGCAAAAAACAACAUUAUUAGCGCAAAUUCACAACUGAAAACACAAGUCGACAGUCUGCGUUCUUGGAUCACCACGGCGGAAGAUAUCCGUGCUAAGGCCCAGGAAAAAGCGGAAGAGGCUUAUAGUAAGUUGGACGUUCACGCCGAAUUGAGUAGGAAUGUUCAGAAGAUUGUGGACGCCAAUAAGGGAUUGAGAAACACAAUCAGGAAAUUCAGCGUGCAAAUAAAGAACUCCAAGGACAUGUCUCAAGUCUGGGAGACUGGAACGCUGCCGCCAAGGAUGUUAUUACACAAGGCGGAGCAGAAGUGUGAGGAGAUACUUAAGAGGGUGGAUGACAAGACGAAGGGAUCAGCCAAGUUGCAAUUAAAGAAUGCUGACGAAUUGAAGAAAAAAGCGGAGAGCCUUUUGAACGCUUACAGCCAGGCGUAUCCUAAAGUAGAAGGUUUGAAAAGCAAGUUGAACAGGCCAUCACAGAGUUGGAAGCCGGCAUGA